CAUGACUACUGACUCUACUCGACAGUCUAAUGUCACAACGUCUAAAUAGCAGAGCUUGAGUAACCACCAUACAAGUAGCCAGGAGAGAGACUGUUCCCUGUGGAAUUCACAGUAACCACAAACGAGAUUCUCUAUUGGAUGAUUCCUAAGCCGGAUAACUUUUGCUACGCAGUUUGGUAUUGAAAUCAUUCGCCCAAAACUCAUCCCACGUGCAAAUUACUGUCAUGUAAACUAAGGCUCAAAUCCUGACCCCUGGAGAGAACGUACACAGACAACUGCGACCCCAAGACAAGAACACAACUUCAGCUUCUACAGCAACUCUUUCAAGCUUGAAUUGCUGAGUACAACAACAGAGAAAGAWUCACCGAUCGACGUAGAAGAUCUAACAAAUUAUGAUGAGUGACAAGGACACCAAAUACACUAAACUAUUCGUAGGAGGAAUACCAUACUCGUCUGAAGACGAUGCUCUUAAAAAAGUCUUUGGAGAAUUUGGUGAAAUCGUAGAGGCCGUUGUGAUCAGAGAUCGAAUCACWAAAAAGUCCAAGGGAUAUGGCUUUGUGACAAUGGCAACAUCGGAUGCUGCAGCUAAUGCGUGCAAGAACAAACGACCKAUAAUAGAAGGACGACAAGCGAAUGUUAAUCUAGCAUACUUGGGCGCCAAACCAAAGCCAGCAAAAAGUAAGCUUGCGCAAUCGAUGACUCUACAUUAUCACAUCGCAAAGACAGCGGAAACMCGGCGUGACUUUGACAGUCAUUUUGUCACUAGUAUCAACAAAUAUUGUCAUAUCACGUUGGUAUUAAUUGCGACUUUCUCUUUUCCUCUAGCUCAAGGMAAACUAACAAUCAACCCAAACUACUCCUAUCAACARGCAUGUGCAGUUAGCUCUGCACCACAAUAUUUGUACGCCGCGCCUCUGUAUUCGCCUACUCAGGCUCCAUCACAAGGCUCUUUAUCAGUAAUCCCACCUCAGUCUCCUACAGGACCUCUUCCUCAGUCAUUGGCAGCCUUUCAGCAACCUUGUCUCGUUGACUAUGGUAAUGGUACUAUGGUCUUGGUCAACACCCUAUAUGACCCAGGUUUCUACUAUCAAACACCAGCAACAUACGUCCCAUCACCAACUACUACCAACAGCGUUGGCCAGACAUUCACUUUUCCUCCUGGCCCUGCUACUCCGCCUCUGAGCGCACCAMUAAAUGGACAAGCAUUUUUUCCUACUACUGCAUUUGACAUGGGAGCAGUUCAAGCUCAGGUCCAGUGCCAAUAGAAUUAUUUUUACAUUAAAUUUUAUCAAGAACRCGAAUACUAGAGAACUAGAAAUACCCAGUCAUGGAAUAACGAUCAUUUCAUGAACAAGCAAAUAUUUGACUCUACUUAAUAUUAUUAGUCAAAAUAUUUGAAAUUGUAAAUAUACAUAAAUUAGAUGAAUAACAAUCGAAUAAUUUUAUAGUAUUAAUGGAAAAAGAGUCCAAAUGCACUAAUGAUAUUAGAGUUGGUAUGCUCUAGGUCAAUGUAUAAAAAGGUUUAAUGUACACUUAAAUGCAUUGUUGUAGAUAUGCCAGUAAAACACGUUGCUACUAUGAAACAA